AGUUGUCACUUGUCAGUGUUAUUUGGUUUGGUGAAUCAGGUAAAUGUUUACCUGCAAAAUAAAAAUUAUAUUCUACGAAUUGUAUAUAAACAAAGUUACCACCCAACAGAAACAUUGAAUUGAAUUGUCAUUUACGAAGAGAACAUAAUUAAACACUAGAUUACUGAAAUUUGUAGCACGAUAACAUGGUGUCGAGUGAGGAGGAAUCGGAUGUAAAAGCAGGGGACGUUAUAGAUUGGGAUGUUGAUAUGGAGAUACAAUUGUUCUACGCGAUGGCAAAUCAUAAGCCGGUAGGGAUCAACAAACAUUUCCAGAUGGUAUGCAUUUGGGAGAAGUUAUCGAACUCUAUUACGAGGGAGAUAUCAACACAGGAUAUAUGGAAACAUUUAAGCACGUUAUAUGACAUGAACAUGCUGGAUGAGACGGAACCAAUACCGUUUCCCAAUCACGAAGUGCCAUUCAGUUUGCCCGAGAGUGAAUUUGGAUCUUUGUUGAAACAAAAGUGCAAGGAUGCAAUUUUAGGUGAUGAUAGUGAAGAUGGCAGGAGUCCUUCCCCGAAGACAGCCCCACGUAGCAAUUCUCGAGGAACCGCUGGUAAAGAUACACCUAAAGGCCGUAAAGACAGUAUUAGUGCACUUGCUACUAAAACAAGAAAAGAGAGUGGCAGUUCACAUGCAUCGACGGACACCCCUAGCAUUAAAUCAGAAAAAGAUUACGACAGAAGACGAGAUUCACGUGAUUCCAAUGCAUCUGGACCUAGAGACAGCUCUACGAGUAGAAAAUCUACAUCACAGAGGGAGAAAUCACAAAAGACCAAAAUCAGUUCUAUAGCAGAUGAAGAUACAAGCACGCGUCGAGGCAGAAGGCGUGCGAAUCCAUCGACACCGCCAUCGAACACACCAGCAAAGCGACGUCGCAUGUGACACACACACAACCACUCGUACCACCAUUUCUUCUGACACACACAGUGGCGCCCCUUACAGGAAUGUACCUGUAUAUCGCGAGGGCGGGAAAGACGCAACGCUGUCAGUUUUUUUUUCUUAAGUGGUUGCGAGUGUGAGCUGAGUUAAUGACGCUGAUAUGAAAUGAUAUGAAUAUUGUGUUUAAUGUGAAGUAUUUGGAUGAUUAAAUUGAAUUGAGUAUGUA